AUGCGUACCACCCGCGCAGUGGCUCCCGGCGAGCUGCUGCUUCUGUUGCCGCCCCUGGCGGCCUUGGUCGGCCCGCCGGACAACCCCCCGACGCCGCAGCAGCUUGUGGACAGCGUUGUGGCCGCGGGCCCCGAGGGCGCGGCCGCCAGCCCCUGGCUCGGCCUCCUGUACGACGGCACACGCUCCACCUCACAGCAGCCCGUAGACCUGUCGCAGGCCGACGGCGGCGCCGCCGCCGCUGCAACCGCCGGCCGCAGCGGCGGCGGCGGCGGCGGUGCUGGGGCCAAGCCGCCGCAGGGCGCCAAGCGUGAGCGGCAGCAGCUGAGGCGCCGCGUGACCAAGGCGGUCGCGUUCAACGCGUUUGCCGACAAGCACCAGGACCUGGCGCUGGCCGCGCUGUCGCGGGCCGCAGGGCUGCAGGAGGAGCGGCCGGCGGCGCUGGUGGGGCUGUGGCCCGAGUUUGCGAUGCUCAACCACAGCUGCGCCCCCAACGCCAUCAACUGCCCGGCGCACCUGGCCGGCGGGAGGCCGUUGAUGGCGGUGCGCGCGGCGCGGGGCAUCGCAGAAGGAGAGGAAGUGACAAUCUCGUACUUUGGAGCUGAACAACUGACACCUCUGAAGGCGCGGCAGAAGGCGCUGAAGACAGCCUUUGGCUUUGACUGCAGCUGCGAACGCUGCAUAGGGGAGGCCGCGACGUGGGAGGCGGUUGGGCCGACAGUGGAGGCCGUGGCAGAGGCGACGGCCGAGAUGCGGCCCGUGUUGGAGGCGGCAGCGGCAAAGGGUGAUGCGGAGGGGGUGCGUGAGGUGGGGCUGGAGGUGGGAGCGGUGCUGCUGCAGCUCUAUGGCAUUUUCCGGCAGAACCUGGUGCGGCCGCGGGUGCGCCUGUGGCACCAGGCCAGUUUGUACUCGACACUGGAAUUGGCAGCAGACGCAGACGCCGUACUGGCGGCCUUGGCGGAGGCAGGAGGUAGUGGCAAAAACGCAGCGGAUGGCGGCGCAGCCACAGCGACGGUGGCGGCGGUGGCAGAUGCCGAGGAGGCGGAGGCGGCGAGCGUGGCCGUGUGCCUGGCUGCGGUAGAGGGGGUGUCCCCGGGCUCGGACCUGCACAACCAACUCGCAGCACGCGCGCUACGCCUCGCGCGGCGACGUUGCCAGCGGUUGUUGGCCGGCGCCGCCGUCGACGGUGGCAGCUCAGGGGCCGCCGAGGCUGAGAUGGGCGCCGCGCGGCGGUGCGAGGCCGCUCAUGUGCUGCGGUAUGGGGAGGCGCUGGUUUCCGAAGUCGGCGCUGAACUGUUUGAUCUUUCAGAGGAGCUAGCGCUGCAGGGGCUGCCGCGGGCCGGGACUGCCGAGGGCGGCGGGGGCGGCGCCGGCGGGGACGGCAGCUGA